AUGGAAUAUCACUAUGCUUCAGGAAAGCAGUGUGUGUGGUGGGUUGAGAAGUAUCUGAGGGAGUGUGUGUGGGGAGUAAGAGGCUAUGUCUGUGUUGGUUUAGGGCUCAUCGGUUUGUUAUGCUUGGCAAUUGCAGGAGUGCCUCAGAUUAUUACCAACUUUAAGAAUGGAUCCACACAGGGUGUUUCACUUGGCUAUCUCCUGUGCUUUCUCAAUCUUAUUGGGUGUUGGCUGGACGAAGCAACUCUAGCUACACAGUUAUACACUGCACUGGUGAAAUCUCUUUCUACACUUUUCUUUAAUGAAAUUCAACCAAAGGAAGUCUUCAAAUCUGAGCCAGCGACAUCUGUCUCGAGUUCACCUAUUCCUACAGUUUCUUCUCAGGAGAGUCACAACUCCUCUGCAAGAUCUCUAGAAUGGACUCACACUCCGAUUCAAGGGUCAUAUCUCUCGCACUCCCGGGAGUGUUAUACAAGCCAUGUCUUCAACCAGUCGUCACAAGAAGGGGAAGAAGUGCUCGAUAAUCUUAUAUCUCCAACUCCUAAGCAUUUCGAGGCCAUACUCGUCUCUGUAGCUUCAACAAUAGUUUUCAUUGGCGUGAUGUUCUAUUUGAAAUUAUCGACUUCAAACAACAAUAUUUCAAUUUCUUACUUUUCUCAAUCCCAACGGAGGUCUGCUCUUAUAAUAACAGGAAGGAAACUUUUGCAGCGAAUGGGUGGCAAUGCAUUAGGAAGCUCAAUGAUUGAAGAAGAUGCACCAAACCAUUUAGGACUUUUGUUAGGGUGGCUUAUGGCUGCUAUCUAUAUGGGGGGACGGCUUCCACAAAUCUGUUUAAAUCUCAGUAGAGGGACCAUUGAGGGCCUCAAUCCUCUAAUGUUCUUGUUUACCCUAACAUCCAAUUUAACCUAUUUCGGAAGUAUUAUUGUAAAGACUCCAGACUGGGAAACGUUAAAGCCAGAUAUGCCAUGGCUGGUUGAUUCUGGAGGAUGUGUACUUUUGGACAUAUUUGUAUCCUUUACUACAGAUGAUGCUUCCUUCUCGUUCGUAAUGGAUUCAUUUACCUAA